AUGCUCGACUGGCUCGUGUGGCUCAUGCGCAGACUGCUCCAGCUCGUCGGACUCGCCGCACCCGUUCGCCUCGUCCACAAUCCGCACCUCUCAAGCAUCUGCUCGCUUGAUGACACCGGCCGCAAGCGCACGACGUCGCUCGCCAAGGUGCUCGAGCAGUGCAAGAGCUUGACUGGAAAGGAUGCGUGGUACACCCCGACCGCAUGGCUGGCCAGCGGUCAUUUGGCGACUAUCGCUUGCACGCUGUUCAAGUUUGACUACGACCACAUUCACUACACGCGAGAGCUGAUUCGGGUCCCGGAUGGAGGGACGAUCGCGGUGGAUAUUGCGCCGGCACUCGAGGACGGAGAGGACAUGGACGACCGGCCGAUCCUGGUAGUCUCGCACGGCUUGACGGGCGGAUCGCACGAGAGCUACGUCCGCAACAUCCUCGCAGUCGUGACACGACCGAAAGAGGAGGGCGGGCUGGGCUGGCGAGCAGCAGUCGUCAACUCGCGAGGCUGUGCAAACUCGCCCGUCACCUCACGGCAACUCUACAACGGCGCAGUGACGGACGACCUUCGUUCUGCGCUCACCUUCCUCUCGCACUUUGCGCCCGACGCACCCCUGUACGGCAUCGGCUUCUCCCUCGGCGCAAACCAGCAAGCCAAGUUCGUUGGCGAAGAAGGCGCAGACUGCCCCUACAACGCCGCCAUCGUCCUCGGCGCGCCGUUCGACUUCUGGAAGGGCCACGUCGCGCUGAGCUCGACGUGGCUGAGGAGUAUCUACAGCCGGGCAAUGUCGUCCAACUUGCGGAGGCUCGUCAAGCGCCAUGAGCACGUCUUGAAGGGCGACCCGCGCCUUGACUGGGACGCCAUCUUCAGUAACCCGAACAGCACGCUCUUCGAGUUUGACUCGCUCGUCACCGCGCCCCUCUCAGGCUUCAAAACCGCAGUCGAGUACUACCGCCACGCCUCAGCCAGCAACGUCCUACACCACGCCACCGUCCCAGUCCUCGCUAUCUCCGCACAAGACGACCCGAUCGUCUGCUCCGGCGGGAUCCCCUUCUCGGCCGUCGAGUCGAACCCGAACCUCAUCUUCGCUCUGACGAUACACGGCGGACACCUCGGGUGGUUUGAGGGCCUGUUCCGUCCGAGGAGGUGGGUUGCGAAACCGGUUGUGGAGUUUUUGAGGGCAGUACACGAGGCGAAUCCGGAGAAGAGGCAGAUGAAGGAAACUGUGCCAGCUCGCUCCGCGCGGAGGCCACAAGUCGGGGACGAGAUGGUGCUGCUCAAGGGACGGGAGGACGUCGGGUUCAAGCGUGUUGGAGUUGAGGAUCAUCAGGCGAACGGCGACGAGGCGGUAGACGGAGAUAACAAGCUCACCCAAGGACUCUAG